AUGUUUUUACUAGAUGAGAUUAGUGUACGUUUCUUAGUUAAUAUAGAUUUAUAUGAUCUACAAAAAGUUGAAAGAUUAUUUUUUAUUCUAGAAGAAGCACACUGGUUUUACAUUGAUAACUAUAACGAGCCUUCUACAUCUUUUUUUGACUUUUGUUUACAAAUAUUAAAUCAUAACAAAAUUAAUAUUGAUAUCAAUCUGGGUCUACAGAUCUUUAAAAGUUACAAACAGUCUAUUAAAGUAUAUGGAUGUAUUAUUUUUAGCCCUAAAUUAGAUUCAAUUCUUGUCGUGCAAGAAAAUGGAAAAAACGGAUCAUUUGGUUUUCCAAAAGGGAAGAAAAGUAAAGAUGAAGAUGGGAUAGAGUGCGCAAUUCGGGAAGUAAAAGAAGAAAUUGGAUAUGAUGUUAGUAACAAAAUUGUAAAAGGAUUGUCUGUAAAGUUAUUUGAAAAAAUGAAUUUUUAUUUUGUGUUUAAUGUUAAAAAAAGUAAUAAGUUUGUCUGUAAUUUAAAAAAUGAAAUCGCUAAUAUUAUAUGGUUACCGAUAAGUAAGCUCGAACAUAAUACAUUGGGAAAACGAUUUUCGAUUAUAACGAAAAGCUUUGUAGUUUGGAAAAAAAUUUAUAUAGCUAUUGUAGAUAAUAAAUUUAAAUUUGAUAAAUGUAAAUUUAAUCAAAUAAUAGAAGAAAAAUUAAAACUUAAUGUUAUUUAA